GCAGCGUGACUGGCCGCCGCUGCAGACCCGCUCGGCAGAGGCGCAGAGCGCAGCGCGCUGGGCGGGAGAGGCGGGCGCCAGUCGCGAGGUCCUCCCGCCUCUGCUCCUUUCUCCCCUUCCUCGGUGGCCGCUCGGCCAGGGAACCCGGGAAGCCACUGCUCCGAACCCGCAGCUUGGGGGCGCGGGGACCGGCACCGCGGCGAGGGCGGCUGAGACCCGGGCUCCCCGAGCGAGGCGGAGAGGACUCCGGCUUCGGCGGGCAGAGCUGAGCGUGUGUUUGCGCGUGAGAGCGAGGGCUGCACCCCUGCUCCGCGCGGACCCCUCCCGCCCCAGCCCGAGUCGCCGCAGCCCAGCGCCGCCCAGCCCAGGAGCCUCCCCGCGUGCGCCCCGGGGCACGCGAGCACAGCCAUGAAUACCAACGAUGCCAAGGAAUAUCUGGCCCGGAGGGAAAUCCCUCAGCUUUUCGAGAGCCUUUUGAAUGGACUGAUGUGUUCUAAGCCUGAAGACCCAAUAGAAUACUUGGAAAGUUGUUUACAAAAAGUAAAGGAAUUAGGUGGCUGUGACAAGGUGAAAUGGGACACAUUUGUGAGCCAGGAAAAGAAGACCCUGCCUCCACUCAAUGGAGGGCAAUCACGGAGAUCCUUUCUAAGAAAUGUGAUGCCUGAAAAUUCAAACUUUCCAUAUCGGCGAUAUGAUCGACUCCCUCCAAUCCAUCAAUUCUCCAUAGAAAGUGACACGGACCUUUCUGAGACUGCAGAGUUAAUUGAGGAAUAUGAGGUUUUUGAUCCUGCUAGACCUCGACCAAAAAUCAUUCUUGUCAUAGGCGGCCCAGGAAGUGGAAAGGGCACCCAAAGUCUGAAAAUCGCAGAGCGUUAUGGAUUCAAGUACAUUUCUGUGGGAGAAUUAUUAAGAAAGAAGAUCCACCAUACCAGCAGUAAUAGGAAAUGGAGUCUUAUUGCCAAAAUAAUUACAACUGGAGAACUGGCCCCACAGGAAACAACAAUUACAGAGAUAAAACAGAAAUUGAUGCAAAUGCCCGAUGAAGAGGGCAUUGUCAUUGAUGGAUUUCCAAGAGAUGUUGCCCAGGCUCUAUCUUUUGAGGACCAAAUCUGUACUCCUGAUUUGGUGGUAUUUCUGGCUUGUGCCAACCAGAGGCUCAAAGAAAGAUUGCUGAAACGUGCAGAGCAGCAAGGGCGGCCUGAUGACAAUCUGAAGGCAACCCAGAGGAGACUUAUGAAUUUCAAGCAGAAUGCUGCUCCACUGGUUAAAUACUUCCAGGAAAAGGGGCUCAUCAUGACAUUUGAUGCUGAUCGAGACGAGGACCAGGUGUUCUAUGACAUCAGUGUGGCAGUUGACAGCAAGUUAUUUCCAAACAAAGAGGCUGCAGCAGGCUCAAGUGACCUUGAUCCUACAAUGCUCUUGGACACUGGGGAGAUUGUGGACACAGGAUCUGAUUAUGAAGACCAGGGUGAUGACCAAUUAAAUGUAUUUGGAGAGGACACAAUGGGAGGUUCUGUGGAAGAUUUGAAGAAGUAUAAAAUUAUUUUCAUGAUUGGUGGCCCUGGCUCUGGCAAAGGCACUCAGUGUAAGAAGCUGGCAGAGAAGUACGGUUUCACUCAUCUCUCCAUGGGUGAGCUCCUGCGGAAUGAACUGUCAUCAGAAUCUGAAAGAAGCAAAUUGAUCAGAGACAUUAUGGAACGUGGAGACCUGGUGCCCUCAGGCAUCGUUCUGAAGCUCCUGGAAGAGGCCAUGAUGGCCAGCCUCAGUGACACCAAAGGCUUCCUGAUUAAUGGCUAUCCUCGGGAAGUGAAACAAGGGGAAGAGUUCGGACGCAGGAUUGGAGACCCACACUUGGUGAUCUGUCUGGACUGCUCCGCAGACACCAUGACCAACCGCCUUCUCCAGAGGAACCAGAGCAGCCCGUGUGCAGACGACAGCACCACCACCAUCGCCAAGCGCCUUGAAACCUAUUAUCGAGCAUCCAUCCCCGUCAUCGCCUACUACGAGACAAAAACACAGCUACACAAGAUAAAUGCAGAAGGAACUCCAGAGGAAGUCUUCCUUCAACUCUGCACAGCUAUUGACUCUAUUUUCUGAAGGCAGCAAUGAAUGUUUGUGCAGAAGAGUGGAGAAAGAGAAAAACGUUGAGAUUCAUCGUUUACCGCGAUGUUUCAAGUUAAACCACCGGUGUUCCCCUGACCCUUCUCCCUCCAAAUCCUGACACUGCUAUUUGCUUCCCAGCUUGACCUGUCAGAGAUGUAUGGACAUCAUGCAUGGUGUAUUUGGUCUUGUUCAACCAUUUCUUUAUAAUCCAGAGAGCUGUCUACACUCAUAGCAGUUUUCUGUCACUAGACUGCACCUUCAAACCAAGUUAGUAUGUGAAUAGCUGUGCCGUACCAAUCCAUUGUCAACUAGGCCCUCAGGACUUGCUGUAAUCUGAACAUUUGGUACUCUUGUUAAACAGGAGUUAGCAUCUGACACUCCCCAGGACAUUUUCCUUCCUCCCGCCAAGAUGUAAAUGCUAUAGCCUCACCAGGGCCCUUAAUAUGGAGGCAGGGUAGGGCAUCUUCCUCUGGUGACUGUCUCUUUUCCUCACCCACAAGCAGUUCAUAGAUUGGGCUGAUAAUGCUGUUGAUAAGAAACAUGAUAAAACUUAGAUCGAUUUUAAAAUGUGAAAUUGUGCAGCUUUUCCAAGAUAGCAAAACACAGACUACUGCCCUGUAACCAGUGGCCAGUUGGAAUACUGGCACAGUAGCUAAGAGCAAAUUGGGAAGACUGCCUGACCUAGCCUCCACUAAGCCUGGUGGCGCACAUCUGCAAUUACCAUUAUAACCCAAACCAAAGGUAACUUAACAGCAUGAUUGGUUAUUGUAUUCACUGGAUGAAUAUCAAUUUAUAAUUUCCAUUUUAAACGACCUGCCUAUUUACAUAUUAUUGCCAAGCAAGACAUACAGUAACAAAACUGUGGCAAGGGCAUGUCAGUAUGUGACAUAACCAGACUCCCACUGGUGUAUUUGUUUCACUGGGGCCUUUCAAGGGGUUUGCAAGCUAGCAUACUUACCCAUGUGUAAAAUCGUGUCUUCUUGCAACAAACCAGUAAAGUUUGGGUUCUCUUUUGUGCUAUCACUUGCCAAAUCAGAGCUUCUUAUAUAUUCUACUGGAAUAACUGCAUCUUUGACUCAGUCACUACAAACACCACUUUCAGUUUGCAUGACUCUUUGCUCUUCAGUGUUUGUGCAGAAGGGUUCAUUUUGGGGACAGAGUUGUAUUUUUAAAGUUUUUUUUUUUCUUGAAAUGGAUUAUGUAUAAAUAAAAAAGUGGAACACAGAGUAACUCUUUUUCUAUUUAUUUGUUAACUCACAUCAUUCUGGGAAGCAUUUGAAAUCUUGUUCCAAACAGAAUUAAAAGCAAACACAGUGAAUAGUUGAGAAUUAAGGUAGGCUCGUAUGGUUUUAAUUUUGGCCAUCGAUCAGUUUUGAGCUGUUACAGAGAGAACUCUCAGUGUACUCAUGAUACAUGAUGAUUUUCAGAUUUCCUCUUUCCUAGUAGUCAUUCUUAAGCAGAAAUGUCAGUGUUUGCUAAAGAAGAAACUAAAUUUCUUUGGUUACAAUCAUGCCUCUGUUAACAAGCAGCAUGUUCCUACAAGACACACAGUUAUCAAAAACUUGUAUGAUGAUGAUUCCAAGUUGUCAUACCCUCUCUAGAGGAGCAUAAGGAAAAUGAGAAGAGUUACAGGAUGAAAACUACCUGUUCUGGUAGGAAACAUAAAAUGACUCUUCAUAGGGAUUAACAUUCUUUAAACACAUACCACAUACUGGCAAACAGUGCAUGUCCACCACAGCUCUGACAGCCUGGAUAUGGGAGUAACAGCACAGGGCAGAGAUGAAUCCAGCCAUGGCUUUGAUGACUAGCUGACAGCUCUAAAGACUAUCUGGAGAUGCAAAUCAAGUCUUCUGCAUAACUGUUCACUUAACUUCACUGAUACUAAUGUCUUGAAAUGACAUCAUCACUUCAAAUUAGAGAAUUUUGAAGCAAGAAAGGCCAUCAGUGGUCUCUGCCUACCAGAAGACCUUGUAACAAGCCAAACUUGGAAGGUCAUCUUUCAGGCUCUCACCUGGUCUGGCCUGUACUCUCCCAACACCCAUUCCAUCAGCACUGUAUUUCCCCCAUAACCCUCCAGUUACACUAGCCCUCUUGUCUCCAAAAAUAAAUAAAUAAAGUAAGUAAGUUAUUUACUAGAUAGCACCUCGGUGUUAAUAACUUGCUACUUCUUCCCUAAUCCAUCUACAAGGUUAAUUUCAUCACUGCAGACUUCUGUUCAGAUUUACCCUUGUGUAGCAGAUUGGCCCCAUUCUUCCAUUAUAUUUUGCUUCAAGCACUAUCUUCACUAAUACUGUUUAUUCAUGAUUAAAUAUACUUUAUCUACUUGUU